AUGCAGGCGCGGCGCUUGGCCAAGCGCUCCAGCAUGGGCAGCCGGCGGCUGAGCGCGGCGGCGCCGCAGGUGGACGCGGUCCGGCCCCCCAAGCCCGAGAGCGCCUGGAGGCCGCCCCGGCGGGAGGGCUCCGCUGUGGCGCUGGAGGAAGAGGACGAAGACGAGGAUGUGGUGGUUGAAGUGGAGGAGGAAGAGGAGGAGGAGGAGGGCGGCCUGGGGAGCGCCCCCCCGGCGCUGGCCGGCCACGGCAAGGGCCCCCUCCGGGGGAGCCUUAAGGCAGCCAACAUCAAGCGUGAAAUGACCUUCCAUGCAUGUCAACAGGAGGAUGUAAAAAGUGACAUCAGUCGAAAACUGCCAGACCAACAGUUUCUCCUGUUCACCACAAAGGAGGAAGAUUUAAAAACAGCAGAGACCAAAAAACUAAACAGAGCUCAUGAGUAUGAAAAGGAAAACACUCGUUCUGUUUGUCUUCUGGAACAGAAGCGCAAGGUUGUUUCUUCAAAUAUUGAUGUGCCUCCAGCAAGGAAAUCUUCGGAAGAACUGGACAUGGAUAAAGUAACAGCAGCCAUGGUACUCACCAGUUUAUCCACCAGCCCUUUGGUCCGCAGCCCUCCUGUCCGACCCAAUGAAUCCCUGAAUGGAUCUUGGAAAGAAGGAGGAUUUGUGCCUUCUAGUACCAGCAGCAGUGGAUACUGGAGCUGGAAUGCUCCCAGUGACCAGUCCAACCCAUCCACCCCAUCUCCACCUCUGUCAGCUGAUAGCUUCAAAGCUUUUCGGACACCUUCCCAGCCAGAUGAUGGUAUUGAUGAAGGUGAAACAAGCAACCUUCUCUUUGAUGAACCCAUUCCUAGGAAGAGAAAGAAUUCCAUGAAGGUGAUGUUCAAAUGCCUAUGGAAGAACUGUGGGAAGGUACUGAGCACAGCUGCAGGGAUUCAGAAACACAUACGGACCAUUCACCUUGGGCGUGUAGGAGAGUCUGACUACAGUGAUGGAGAGGAGGAUUUUUACUAUACAGAAAUCAGGCUCAACACGGACUCAGUAGCUGAUGGCUUAAGCAGUCUUUCCCCAGUCUCUCCAUCUUUAGCAUCUCCUCCUUCCUUUCCCACCCAAGACGCAAUCCGUCCUGAAACUUCCUGUGCCAAAACUGAGACUAAAGCGAUGACACCUCUGAGCCGCUCAGCUCCUACCAACCUCUACCUCGUACACACAGACCAUGCUUACCAGGCCACUCCUCCGGUGAACAUUCCAGGGUCAGCAAAAUUCACUCCCAAUGGCAGUAGCUUUAGCAUCUCUUGGCAGUCGCCUCCUGUUACCUUCACCGGCAUUCCAGUCUCACCAACCCAUAAUCGUCCUGCAGGGAGUGGAGAGCAGAAACAGUCCCACACAGUUCUUUCAUCACCGCCUAGAGUAGCAUUUGGCUUGAGGAAGCCUAGAGGGGAGGGGAAGAAGUGUCGGAAGGUCUAUGGGAUGGAGAACAGAGACAUGUGGUGCACUGCCUGCCGAUGGAAGAAGGCCUGCCAAAGGUUCAUCGACUAACGAUUGAAAUUAUGCAGAGGAUUUGGGGAGGGGGAGGACAGCAGCCAGAUGCAGAUUGCUGCAACUGCACUGUAUCACUUCCCAUUUUCCCCUCCAGUGAUGUGGUGUUGGGGGUUUUGGUUUCUUGGGGUGUUUUUUUGUUUGUUUUUUUGUUUUUUAAGAGCUUUGUAUUUCAAAAUGAAGCACUUGUAGCCAAGGAGAAGCACUAAUUAAAACCUGUGUGGAGCAAUAGAGCAAAAAAAAAAAAAAAAAAAAGCAAAACCAAGACUACACAACAAAAUCUGUCUCAGUAAGUGUGGAAACCAGAGCAGCUAUUAGUGUUCUUCUGUAAAAGAAAGGAAAAAGUUAAUUAUUUUGCUAACUCUGUGAGCUGCUUGCUCCUUAGGAUCAUUUUUAACCAUUUCAGUCUCUCUGCUGUGAACGUCUGUAUUUGCUAAACUGAACAAUUUUUCUUUUCCUGAAACGAAGAUCUCUUUUUGAAAGCUUUCUAAUAAACACUUCAGAGUCAUAUAAGCUACAGUUUUCUCAACAAAAGCUGUACUAAGACUGGAGACUGCUAAACAAUUCUCCUGAUACAAAUGAUCGUGAUUAUAUUUUUGAAAAGGGCACGUGGGGAAGAGCUGGGAUUUUCAUUUGUUUGUUUAUAGGAGAAAAGUAAAGCUGAUUUUGCAAGAAGGACAAGCAGCACUCCUGGAAGAUUUUUAAAAGAGGCACAGAUCAGUGGAGUGGAACAAAGUAAUUUAAGUACCAAAUUGGAUUUUGAUCCUCUAGAGGAAGAAAAGCAGCAAUGGCAAGUCACCAGCAGAUACUGUCAUGAGAAGUCUGAGGAAAGAAAUACGUGAUGCUUGAUUGAAACCCCAGAAUAUAAGGGGACUCCAGGAGCUUUUCUUAUUACUCUCCCCUUUCUGAGGGAAGAUGAACAGUUGGACUGGCACAGCUGCAGGAAGCCUGUGAAGAACUGGUUAAUGCAGCCGUUAGGAUUAUAUGUAAUACCUAAUUCAGGGACACGAUCCAGCCCAGCAGUUCUGCUUUUGCUUCCUUUUCUCUUAUUUCAGAGAUCAUUGUUAAGAUAAUGGUUCAUUCAGCUUUUUCUUUUAAAGCUACUAAGAUUUAGUUGAUGCAAAAAAUUGAUAGAGAAAAGAAAAUACCCUCUUUCUACAACAUCAUCUCAGAAAAAGAAGUACAACAGCCGAGGAGCAACAUAUUUGUGGUAAAAGACCAUUUCUUAACUCAUUUUGAUACAUGAAUUAACAAGUUUCUCUAUUUGCAGUACUUGGAUUGAUUUGGGUAUUUCGGUUUCUCUGUCCAUUAGGAAGUAUACACUGGAAUGCGGCAACCUGGUGUUCUGUGUCCACUUGUAUCAAAUUCCUGUUAAUUAAUGAUUAUUUCAAUGCAAAAAUAAAGGAAGGAUUUACUAGGAAGUGAAUGUAUAUGGCGAACUAAUACUUGCCUGUUAAAGAAAACAAGACACUUUAAAAAAAACAGACACAGAAGCAAACCUUUGCCUAUUAAUAGAGGCAUGAAGGGCCACAAAUGCCUGGGUUAUUUUUUUUUCAUAACAGUUGAAUCAAUUGAAAUUAGACCAAAUCUUUUUCUACUUUUUUCUUUUUUUUUUUUUAAUUGUUUAAGCUGGCUCAUUCUCAUAAGAGGAUAUUUAAGUAUCUAAACAAAUUUCUGAAAUCUGGUCCAAAGUUCACUUGAUAGCUUUAUUAAGUGUGCAGUGCUGCUUGUGUCUAUGUAAAAGCACAGAAUAACAAUGCAGUUGUUUGUAAUAUACACUAUGGAUUCCAUAGGGUAGCAGUGAAAAGAAAAAUCCAUAAUAGGAGCUACUGAAGGUUAUCAUCUGAUUUUCUAUGAACAAGUUAAUUGGGCAAUCAGGUGCCUAAUUUGAGCAUGCUAUUUCUGCAGUUAUUUACAAAUUGUGUAAUUUACAUGCGCAAGUGGCAAGAUACGCUUGCAUGCAUGAAAUUACUUGAUUUUUUGCCCAGUUGUGUUCCUUAAGUCACAAAAAAAAAAAGAGAAACAGACUUUGAAAUCCAGUAAGACCCUGAGAUAUAUACAUGAGUGUGUAUGAAUAUUUUUGUGUGUGUGUAUAUACAUGUAAAACUAUCUAUAUUAUAUAGUUUUAUAUGUGUAUAUAAAAUCUGAAAUUAACUGGGAAGAGAAAGAUUGUUUUCUUUACAAAUAGAAGAAAAAGAUACUAAGGGUCAGUGGAUACACAUAGACACUGUAUUAUCUUCUUUCCUCUUAGGAAAACAUGGAUUUUCUUUACAUGUUGUAUUUUUUCAAUUUCCUCAGUAAAAUACCUCAUAGUAAGUCUUAGACAUUUCAUCUUCAAACACUGGGCUUGCUGAUGGUGUACUUACUUUGAUAGAUCUUAAAAAGUUUGGGACUUUCCCAAGAUAUUUCUGCCAAUUUGUUCCCCACCUCCCAUUUUAAAAGCACUCCAAGACUAUAAAGCAUUCCGUAAUUUGACUGUUGUUGGACUAACAGUAUUUGCUUAUACAUUUGUUGUUCACCUCUUUUGCUUUGUAAGAUUUUUUUUAAAAUAAUGUAUCAGAUUGUAUAUUGUUUCUAUAAUGUCAUGACAUUGUGAGCACCUUCCUGAGGGCACUUUACGAAUUAUUGUAAUAAGAUUAUUCUUUAUAAAUUUCUGCACAGAAGAAUGGUUUUGUUGCCAGACCAGAUUGCCCUCUGGUACAAACUGAAUAUGGAUUACAUAAAGGACUAAAGCCACAAACCAUCAAAACUGGAGAGAAAGUUGGCUUUAAUGAGGCAGAGAACAGAAGGCAUUGAUAAAUCCUGCCAGGAGGAAGCUAAAUUACCAGUAUUUUUACACAACCUUUAAUCAGUGGUUUAUAUUAAAUCAGUUUUGGAUCUUAUGUAUGGCAUUUUGGUUCAUAAGUAGGCACUUGUCGAGGUACCCUGUCUGAACCAAGGCCCCUUGGCCACACACAGAGCGUUCUGCCAUCACUUUGUGCUUUGAACUCCAAUUAACUCACGUUGCACGAGCAGUUCAGCGCCUGCCCAGAUCCCCUUCGUGAUCCUCACACAGCCAGCAAGAACAGAAAUGUCAGCUAAUCCUUCUUUCUACUGGCAGUACUCAUCAUAACCUGGAGGAAUCGCUUCCAUUUUUCAGUCUCUUGCUUCUGUGUUGUUUUGGGCUGCGUCGCUGUCCUCCUAACACCUGCUUUAUCUCACACUUCUGCACUGACCAGUCCAAAACAGUCAGAUUCUUUGUUCUACUGAGAGGAGCUAGCCUGAGUGCUGUGGUCAUUUAUUGUCAUCCUACAUGCCAGUUCCAGUUUUUGGUUUCUCUCUGGGAGGUAGGUCAUUAUCUCUGACUCCCCUCAGAGAAGCCAGAAAGAAUGUCUUGAACACAUCAUGCAGUGUCUGUCUGUGUGCUACAGGGAUUUGGACAUGGGUUCAUCUAUGUUAAGAGCCAGAACUUGAUAUAAAAAUGUAAGGAUCUGUUUUAUUGUUAAUAGUAUUGACAUUGGUAACAGAAAUUGGCAACAUCAGUAUCAGAGUGGAGAUCAACCAUACUGAUCCCAAAUAUUUUUCUUUAGGAGUUUCCUUGUUAGAACAAAGCUAUUUCCCAAUUCCCCGUUCACCCCCAAAAGAUCUGGAAAAUGAGAUAAUUUUAGAAGUGGGAAAUUUUAAUGGCAAUUUUUAAUAUUGACUGUUCUCCAGCUGCUCCUCUGGAAGCUAUUGAACAUUAAAACUCAGAUCAUCUUAAUCAUAGAAUGGUUUCUACACAAAACAAUGUGCCUGAUUCUCUAGUGCCUUGCACAAAUGCAACAGGAUAUAUAAGAUGCGAAGUGAGUAAAACUUCUGUUCCAAUUUGCAAGUUUACACUUUUAACCAAUACCAGUCAUCACCUAGCAUGUACCUGUUGGCAGGUCAGCCCUGCUUGUGUGAAUUAGCUGAGCAGAAUGCCUGUCUGUUGGAUUACUUUUCCCAAAUCCUUAGCCUGGUAUGAACAUCAGCUAUCUAUCUGCAAGUUCGCAGCAGUCAUUGGCUAUUGCCAACAUCACCAUCUUUACUCCUUCUCCCUUUUGUUUUUCACAAUAAUAACUAGAUAGGCAGCACAACAGGAGGUAAAGCUUUAGCCAAAAGUUCUUGUAGAACCUGCACGAUAGUUUCCAGCGCCAUGCAAUGUCCCAGAUGUUCUUGGCACUAAUUUCUUCUUGUCAUUCAUUCUGAUCCAGUACAUUGGGAUGCUUUUCUAUUGCUUGCUGUGGCCUGGGACCAGCUAAAAUAGCCCUGUUGAGAAUCCAGGACAAUCAUUGUUAAGUGUCACACUACAAAGUGAUUUCUUUGUUUUGCUGCCUGUGAAUGUGUUGGUAUAUGAUCUGAGAAGCAGGACAUGGAAUUAGAAGCUUGCUAGCCAUUUGCAGAGAUGUUGGAAGUUGCCAGUGAGGCUUCCUUCUAUGGGUUCAAAGUUAGAGGCAUCUGCUGGAGAAGGUUGUGCUGCACCUUUUCUUAGAAAUAUUUUGAUACGCAAACAUUUGUAAAGCUUCAUCUUACAUUCUAUUCAAUCUUCCCUGUGAGGAGGUAGCACUGGGAACUGAGAGCAGUAUGGAGUUUGGGCUUUCAUCUGCAUUUGUCAGGUUUUUCUCAUAGAUAUAACCAGGCAGGUUUAAGGUAUCAUAGUGUAGAUUUUAUUCCAAUAUAAGUUCAGCAGAGUUUUAUGGCACCUUUGGAAAAUACCUAGAAGGAAGUAAUGGGCAGAAUUCAAGCUGAGCAUUUAAAUAAACGUAUGUUAGAUGGGAGCAGCCUUUCUUUACAUCCAUACGGAGCUGGAAAAUCUCCAAGAUUGCAAAACAGCCAAUGUACACCUAUACUUGAAUGUGCACACUUGAACUGCUCUUUCCAUCUUGGACUGCAGUGCUUUCACACUGACCGUGUUCUCAGUUCUAUCCAAAUGCAGGAUUUAAGGAGGUGUGUGUCUCCACUUGCAACUGUUUGAGCUUAUUCCUCAAUAGAGAAAGCAUUCAUUAUGUUCUUUGUGCUUCACACCAUUCAGACCAGCUGUAACAGCACUGCAGAAAGGCCCUGGGAACAGAAAUCAGGCUGAUUCUGAUGGCACCAGCCAGAAGAAAGUACAGGUUGCUCUGAUGUUUGCUCUCACAGCAACAAUUUGUUCAGCUGGUGAAAUAGAAGAGACUAGAUAAAUUUAGUAACAAGCUGGUGUUCUGCUGGUUUUUGACACAACACCUAGAAUGUUUCUCCUGUAUUUGAAUCUGAAUGUGAGAUGUCUCAUAUACCCUUGACAGAAAUAAAUUUAGCAAUAUAAAUGCUCUUUCAGAAUUAAAUCUGAAUUCUUUGUGUAAUUAAAAUCUAACAAUGGGCUUUGAUAUUCUAAAAUGUUUGAGUGUUAGUAUUUACUGUUUGCCAAUCCUCUUAAAGAUUCAGGUUUGAUUCUGGAGUCCUUAACAUAGUAUGUGAUACCCAGCAUAAAUUCAUAUAUGAUUUGUAAUGGCAAUGGCCAGAUAAACAAAAGUUAUUAAAAUGUUUAUAAAAAACUGCCUCUGGAAGACAGGAAAAAAGAAAAUAGUUGAAACAGAUUUCCUCAGGGAACGUGAGAGGGUUGUAAAGGCAGGAUGCGGGUUUGUUUGAAUGGAAGAUGUCUAAGAAAAUUUUUUUUUCUAUUUUAGGCAAAAUUAAAAGAGCAAUAUGUCACUACUUGAAUUAUUAAAAUUAGAAUAAAGCACUGAUUGGUGAACAUGAUCUUACUUAAUGCUGUAGCUUAGGAAGUUCCAAAUAGAAAAAAAAAGUUGUAUAAAAUUACAGAAAAUUAGCUUAAACCAUAAUCUAAUUAUAAUGUAAAUCUAUACAUUUGUGUAAAUCUUUUCAGGAUCUAGUGUAAAUAUAAGGGCUUCUUGUCUACAAAGUUGCUUGGUCAAAACAUGCUUUGUCUGUAAUUGAAUUACUUCUUACCAAAUGACUUCAGCAAGCAAAAAAGCAGUAUGUCAAUAUGAUAUCCUGGAGAGUUGUGUACUGCACUUUGCAAAGGGCUAGUUCUACCUGAAAUUCAAAGAAAACAUGUCACCACAUAUUAUUUGUCGUAUCUGCAAAGGUAUCAGCUUCAGUGAACCCAAGGUUUUGAAUUGGGCUAUCUAGGACUUUGAAAUUCCACAAGUUCUGCAAAUUCUCAAUUUUGCUUUAUUUUUACACAGAAAAAUCCUGUUUGAUCCGUAAUAAUCUUUUCCUAUCAAUUCUUUUUCUGGUGUCCAGGCACUCUGUUUUGCAACUUCCCAAAUAUAUAUACUGAAGUGAAUAAAAAUCAGCAUCUUCAGUGUUAGGAACAACAAAUGUAAAUAGCAUUUGCAUGGUAUCAGAAUUUUUAGUAUCAGUGUUUAACUGUAGUAAUUAUUUCCUAGAGUGAUGCCAAGAAAUCUUUCAGGGAAUGGGAGCACAUGGUCUGUAAAUUAUGAAGUACAACUGCACAGACAUAGAACUGCUGGUAUUGGAAUAAUGAAUGUAGGCUUAGGUUCAUCAGAGCACUCAAAUAUGUGUUUACCUCCACUUGUGGAGUUUGUUGAUGAGACUCCUCGUGCUCCUGAAGUUUGGCACACAUUUUAGAGCUCCUCUGAAGUCAGGCCUUGGCAAGAGCAGAUACUCCUGUAGCUUUGUCUGAAAUAUGCACUUUGUGGGACAAUCUACCUUUUCCUGGAUUUAUGCAAUUUAUCUUGUGUUUAGAGGACCAGAUUACAGAAUUCUUUUUUUGUUAUGAUUGUUUGCAUUGCAGAAGGGAAAGUGAGAAAGAGAUGAGUUCAGCUGUACAUUUCAGCAGGCGAAAGCAUUGUUCAGUUUGUAAAAGGUGUGUAUUUGACACGAAGCUCAAAGAAACAUUAAAUAAAUUUCUCUUGUUCCAUCUGUAUUCCCUGUGCACUCAACACUCCUCCAGGCAAUUGGAGGCAUAAGAGCUCUUGAGUAUGCAAAAAAAAAAAAAAGAAGAGUUUACCUAAAAACUUUAGGAAUACUAUGUUUUUAAGCCACAAAUCAUGUUACCUAUGUGUAAUUUUAGUGUUAGAUAAAAUAGACAGCAGCCUUAUUAAUCAGGUGCAAUACUUACAAAGGGCUAAAUUAGGGAAACAAGUGAUGUGUGUUUGUACAUCACUGCAAACUGCACUGUCUGAAAACUGACUUUUAUAGCAUUGGGAUCUUAAUACCUCUCUGAAAUUAUAAUGUUGGUAUAAUUUUAUAACUGUUCAUUAUACAUUAUGAAACAGGAUUUGGGAAAUCCUGAGAACUAAAAGGAAGAGGGGGAAAUUGUAAAUCACAUAGACUAAUGGUAUGUUAUUUUACAUGACGAAAGUAAACUAAACACCUUUACAAAGCCAUACAAAUUCUGGAUUAUUGAAAGAAAAAAAAUCUACUUCCCUUGGUUACAGAGAUAGUUUAGUCUGAAAUUUCCCUUGAUUUGUCUCUUUCAUUUUCUCAAAGUUUUUGGGGAUUUUUGUAUUCUGAUGGUGAAAACAUUCCUAAAUUGCCAGUAUUUGGCUUGAAUGGUAUUAUUUUGAAAAAAAAAACUUCUAAAAUUGAGUUUUUCAUGACAAUGUACAGUCUGAAUGAGACCAUGCAACAUGGUCUGCUCCAGUUUAAGUAGAGAGUUCAUAUAAGCAGAAGAUUACAGGAAAAGAUUGUUUUGAGGAUUCAUUGCUCAGUCAUGAGAAAGAUCUGAACCAUCAAACUAAAAGCUCCACUCACAGGUUUCUUCUCUCCAUCUGCACUGCAGGGUUGAUGGAAUAUAGGCUGCCAAGUAUGGCGUAUCUAUCUCACUACUGUUUGGGGGAUUUUUUUUGCUGAUAAAUAAUGAAAUACAGAUCAUCUUCCCAUCUCACUUACUGUUUUUGUCUUGUGCUCCAAGUCGAGAUUUAACUGAAAAACAGAAAUAGUCAGGUCUGUUGAAUAGAGACUCUUUGGUUCUUUCCCUGUUUCUAACAAAGGGCAAAAGUACAAAUGCAGAGACAUUAGUCAAAAGGGGGUUGAGCCAGUUGGGCAAACCUGAAAAAAACUCCUCAGAACUGGAUCCCAAUAGGAGGAAACUAGUCUUAAGCAGCCAAUUGCAGAUGUUCUGUGGUUGAUUUUUGGUGUUUUAGUUUGUUUGUUUUUGUGAAUUACAAAUCUGAUAAAAAGUCUUAUUUCACAAUUAAGAGCAGAAUGCAGAUCAUGUUGUAACGAGCUGAGCCCUCGAAGCAGUACAGGUUUCUCAGGAAAGCUCAGUUAUUCCCAUUAACAACUUCAUUGACAAGGGCUGCUCACACAGGUAAUGGUUGUAGAACAAAGGCACAUGGGUUUUCCUCUGUGUACUUUCCACUGGAAUUGAGAGUGUGAAAUUGUGAAUCUCCCUUUCUCAGGGCUUGAGAAUUGUGCAUUCAGCUCUGUGAGAGGGAUGGAUACAGAGGAUACCUCUGCACAUGUGCAGGGCUCUUGGAAGAGUUUCUAGUAAUACCAAAGUAUUACUAGAUACUCUGGAUGUGUUACUAGCGACAGAUUUAAGAGCUGUUAGGCUGGUGGCAUUCAGGCUGUAAUCUGUCCUGCUGAUACCAGCCCCAGGGAGAAGAGGCAUUCUCAGUGUGGGAUCCAGAAUAGCCAGCCUGUUGGGAAAGGAGCCACCACCAUAGUCCAUGUGCUGUUGGUUCAAGUGCUGCCUUUGCUGUGUCCAGCUUGAGGAAGGUUGAUUAUGCACCUGCAUUCAUGACCUGUUCAUAUAUAGAACACUCUUUUGAAGAGAAAUAAUCUCUUUUUCAGUGAUUAAAAUAAACUGUGGGAUAGCUUUUAUGUUACAGAAAGUCACUGAAUGGGUCACAGCAUUGUCAGACUUCAAAUGAGGCACGGUUGUUUCCCUCCUUAUAGAGCCACGCUGCAGCUCUCGUGGGGGCUCUCCCAGAGCCCUGGAGCCUUAACCAAGUUUUUCCUAAAGAUUUGCUGGAGCCCAGCACUAAGCCCUAAACCAAGUUGGACCCCCAGGUAAAAGAGACUCUUUCCCAACUCUUGGACUUCCUAAGUUAGUGUUUUACUAGUAGGCCUUUAUAAAGGGAACAUUGCCCCAUCACUUGCCUCUGGCAUUUCUAACACAGCACCAUCCACUGCUGUGUUUGCAAGGAGCCAGACAUUAGAAGAAGUUUGGGAAUAUUGUUUUACAUUUAGAUCUCUGCAUCCUGUGUCAGACUGUAGUUCCACAGCAGGUUAAGGUGACACAAGCUUGUGCUGCUGUUGAAAAAGCUCUUCCUGUCCUCAGCAGAGACAUUUCUAGAGAGAAGUUUCCUGAGUUACACUGGCUUGAGCGAGUCCUGUAAGUGUAGGUCUGUGUAAAAUGCUAGAUGGCCUGCUUGGUCUGUGCCCCUGAUCUUUCAUGGAACAGGCAUGGUAAUACUGCCUUUAUCCUCCUCUGUCUUCUCUGGAGUCUCAUUAAGGACCUGAACUUGCAGGUACCCCUACAGCAUUAAACUCAGGAGAGCUCCACCUAUGGCUGGUGGCAUUGAUUUUGAUAUGAAACUAAAUAUAUAGGGGAAAAGAGAGGAAUUAGAUCAAUAAUUGUACACGCAAUGAGUCUUAGGACUGCAUCUUAACUGUGCCAUGAUUUUGCUAAGCAGAUAUUGGAGAAGUAAGGGAUGUGAAAAGCAACCUUACUGGACCUUGUUCCUCCCUGGAACCAGUCUGGAAUUAUUCACGGUAAUUUCAGGCCCUGCAAGGUUUAUAAAGGGGUUGGGAAGUCAUGACCUCUGCUACAGAGAGCCAGGCUAUCCUUCUCACCCAGAUGUGGGAACAACUAGGAAAGAUCCUCAGCUGCUUUGCUAGUGCAGUUUUUCACCCUCUUUUUAUUACAGUUUCCAUUUAAUAGUGAUGGGAGUGCUGGGCAAGAGGUAAAGGGUCAUCGCGUAACUGAAGAAAGAGGACAUCAGCAUCAAUUGCACUGUGGGUUUUUUUAACUCUUAAAAAGCAAGCAUGUUUUCUUGUCACUUGCUAUCCAUAUUGUCUCAUGUAAGAAAAGUAUUUCCAUCAUAGAAGGGGGUGAAUUUAGCACAGGGUAAGCAGCCGUAGGAGAAAAACCCAAUUGCCUAGUUAUUGAGUAGAGGAUUUCUAAAACAUUGUGCUCGCAGAUUGCAGUAUUUAUAUCCACACAUCCUUUUUUCUUGCUUCAGUUACAAAAGAGGAAUACCUUACUGCAUACAUUGUUCUUCCUUUGUUUCCUAUCAAAUCUUGUUUCAGAGACUAUGAAGUAACUUCUUCAUGAAAAACAUUUUUUCUGUAUGACUAUUUUUAGAACCAGAGCAUUUCCUCUUUCACUUCAGUGUAAAAUUAGUGAGCUUUAAUUUGCUCUGGAUUGCACUUUAUAUAUUUUUUUCACUUUCUGGGCCAUAUAUUUUUGAUAUACAAAACAGUAAAGAUUUUAAUUAUCUAGUUUUAACUUGAAAUUAACCACAAAACUAAGACUUUUUAUAAAAAUGCAAGUUCCAUAAAAUACAGUAAAUAAUCUGUUUGGGUCAGAGACAGUUUUUAAUGAUACUUUGAGAAAUAUUAUAGCUUCUGAAAUUAUUUAUCAUUUGGUAAAUUCAAUACAUUAAUGGAUAUCAUGGUUUAAAGUGGAAUGUGAAUGAGGAGACAAAGUUCUAGACAGUAGGUUUCCUUAUAUGCAAAACCUGCAUUAGUUUCAUUGAUAAGGGUUUAAAAAAAUAGCCUAACCUAGUUUAAAGAAGUGUGAAAUUGUUUAAUAGGCUAGUUUAAAAUGCCAGGAGCUCAUAGAAAUUUGGAAAUUAGUUUAACUGAAGCACCCAGGAGCUGUUUCUCCCCGUGCUGACGCAGCAGUGCAGUGUGAAGCCCCUGGGCUCUGCAGGGGAUGAACUCGAGCUGGUACAAGGCACAGCAGAAGCUGUAGGAGAGUAGGGAUUUUCCUGCUUUAAACAGCAGCUCUCCCAGCUUGCAGGCCCACUGCCAGAUUGGCAAUAGUAUUUCCAUUUGGUUUUUCCUGACUUCCCCACUAGUUUUGGGAGCUAGUGUCCUAGAGACAAUCCUUUUGUUCCUAGGUGAAUUAAUGAACUCAUCUUCCCUCUGGUUUUGGUGUUAAGCUUACAGCACUCACACUGUUGCGUGUAGUUUAUCUUAAUUUGUAGAUGCCAGUUAAACAAAGAACAGCUAUUCUGCCCCAGCACAGAAUCCUUUUAAAUCUUAUGGAGCAUGCUGAAAAAUAAAGAUAUUUUUGAUUUUUACUUUGUCCAAACUCUUUAUUCCAAAUCACACGUAGAAAAGUGGGGGAAACAAGGCACAUAGCAGUGAAGAGGGGAGAGACAGUGAUGCUCAUUUCCUUCCCAGGGUGAAUCAUUUUUGGGCUCCCCUCUCCUGGGCUGAGCGUGUCUGUGCAUGGACCAUGCACAGCUUGGAAGUCAUGUAAAAUCCAUCCUUGCAAAAGCUCUUUGUUGGCCAGCUCCCAGAGACCCCAGUUCCUUUUCAGAGGCUUCCAGACAUUCUGCUCAUUUCUACAUCCUUAGGUAAAAGUAAAAGCUACCUGCUGCUCCAAUAACCUGGGGAUAGUUUCACCUUGGACUGCAAAUGUAUCACCUUGCCAUUUUUAAUCAACCUGCAGUUCUUCCUGCAAAAGAUGGGCAUGAUCCAGGUAUUGGUGUGUGCUGCAAAGCUGUUGUGUCCUUCCAGGGACCACCGGGAGUCCCUGCAGCAAGGCAGGCACACUGCCAGUGGUGUGCAAGCCUUGUGCUUAACAUCAAUGGUACCUGUGCUGAAGAAAAGCAUGGACUGAUGUCGCCUGUCCAUCCCAUCACAGAGAUGAGGGCUGCACAGCAUGGCUCAGGUCCUGGAAUUAUGGGGCAAGUUAAGCUUCAAACCUUUAUAGUAAGCACAGGGUGUCUGAAAACUCAGUCCGUGUUUGGCUGAGGAACAAAAGCAGUGACAGGCACUGUCCAAGGUUGUGUUCUGUCAGGCAGCACAAAUAACAGUUCUGUGGUUGCUGUAUUUCCAUGCAUGUUUGAAGGAAGGCUUAGAAGAGAAGACUUGCAGAUCCUUCACAGUCUGGUUUGAUUCUGCCCUCUGGGGGCAGCCUAUGGGCUGGUACAGCACAUUUAGAUAAGGGGCUUCCACUGACAGUGACUUAGACAUAGCAAAAAACUGUUUCUCAUAAGAAGCAGGUGCUUUUCUCAUUCUUGCAUUAAAAACACACAACAAAAUGCCACCAUACAGAACUUCAUCAAAUUCUCACAGUCCCCUGUAGUACCAGUAGCUGGGGAGAACUCAAGAAUUCAGAGGACCUUGGCCAUAACUCAUCAAAAAGCCUCUGCAGUCCAUUGCCACUGAAAAUUAUUUAGUGCUGGAUCAAAGCCACCCAGACUUGGGCCCUCCAAAAUUCCUCUGAGAAUUUUGCUGUUAUUUCAUUUGAAAAAAAGUGUUAAAAUCUUUGUGUCUGCAUAGGAGUCAAUUCUGCCUGCUGAACCUAGAGUACUUACAAUGGACUUCAGUUAUCUUGGGAAUCAUUCUCAAUACAAGAUAGGACACUCCAAACAUUUCAGUUGUUUUUCUUAAACAAAAUUAGCAAUACGCAUAUUGAUGCCUAAAAGUUGAUGAAAAUAAUUGAGUUAAGGUACUGGGAAGUAUCUGCUUGCACCUGAAACUUUAAAGAAUGACUACUGAAUUCAUGAUUUGCUAAGCAUGAGCUCCUAAGUUUUACCAAUGCGCUAAAAACCAGCUUUGUACAGAGUGAUUUUAUAAAAAUUGAGAAGGUUUGUUUUUUUCUCAAGUUACUCAAGUCAAGUAGUUCAGGUAAUGAAGAAUUUGUUUCUGGUCAAUGCAUUUUAGAAUGAGCAAAUCUCAUCCUCUUGCACUUCUAAUAUUCAUUGUUCAUAUGAAAAAAAAACUUUACUACUUUUCCAUUUUCCGGUGAAUGAUCAGUUCACUCUAAGCAACAGGCAAUGUUCCUGGAUUUUAGAUUGCAAAAUAGGCUUAGAUAAUUUUACUGUCCUCCAUUUGAAUCUGGUUAUCUGAUGCUUACUUUUUUCUAGUUUCAAAUACGCUUUUGUGCAAUUUCCAUAGAUACAUAGUUGAAUAAAAAUUGCAAGGAAGAAUCUAAGUCAAAUGCUAAGUAAAAAUCAAGUACAUGAAAGAAACAUGAAAAUAAAGAAUCAUGAGAAAAGUCGAUCCAUUGCUGCAUUAAGUAUUUAUAGAACACAUUGAUUAGCAGAGUACUGAUCUUUGUUAAAGUUAUAUUUAAAAGCAGACCACUGUGUUUUAGUGUCACAAGUGAUAAAGCAAUUUUUCUUCAGAAAAAGUGCAAAUGGAAAAAAACAUUAAAGUAGAUCAUUUAGACCAAGAUUUUCUCGAUUUAAGCCCAUUCUGCCUGUUACAUUACUGUUGUAUGUUCAGGAAUGCUCAGGACAACAGACAUUCCUCAUGGGAAGCAGCUAGGUUCCAAAGUCAGCUAAGUAAAAGGAAAGUGAGCAAACUCAUAGGAUUUUCUCAGUACUAGCUCAGCUAUUGCAAAAAGAAGACCAAAAAAAAAAAAAAACCAAAACAGCAAAAAAGCACUACUCACUCCUGAACUAGAAUUUCAGCAGUUUAAAAGAACCAUGUUUUGAUCUACUUCACACACCGUAGCUAAACCCAGGUUUCUGUUGGUUUGCUUGUUUGUCUUUAUGGGGCUUUUACUUCUUAAUAACCCUCAAAGCAGGAGGGCCUGUUAUUGCCAAGAUGACCACAGUAGAAUCUCUUGAAAUCCUAAAAUACAUUAUUAGAGAAACCAGAGACUUCAAAUAAAAAACUACUUAAAAUUAUCUCCGAAAAGCAAAAAGAAAAGUUAAUUCUCUAUUUGGGAAAUGCCAUUCAGCUACCAUUAACUCCCAGGUUGUGUGUUUAACUGACAUCCUGUAGCUUUGUCAGCUCACAUUUUUGUUAAAAGCAGAUGUGAUUAAACUACAUAGCAAAGGACCUUCCUUUGCUCUUUGUAAAUGAAUGUAUACAUACAAACUAUGCAUUUUCACACAGCUGCAUACUGUAUCUUGAAUCACUUCAACCUUUCCCCUCUGUUAGAAACCCCAAAACUGGAGUUGACCGUGCUCCCUUCCCCUUAGGCAGAUAUUUGUCUCCUUGUUUCUGCUCUCCAAAAACCUUUGAUGCAGGACAGAGGAAUGCUGAGCUGCACAGCCCAAGGAGCAGAGUGCCUGGGGACCUGUGGCCAAGUCAAGGACCUGGCAUACUCUGGGAGACCAGUUUGGGCUCCCAGGCCCAGCGUGGCCAAACACAGAGGUGUGGCAUCUGUGCUCCCUCUGCCAGAGCUGCUCCAGCCCCAGCACCUCUUGCACUCUGGCUCAGCAUCCUGGACCCUGGAGUCAUCCUGGAGUGGGGCCAGCAGCUGCUCUUACCUGGGCUCAGGAGGAGUUUUCAGCCACACUCAGCCCAGUUGUGCCAAGGAGAGGACACUGCCCCUGGGCUGCAGACCCCAUCCUCCCCCUCCCAGCCUUUCCAGCCAUUCCAGCAGCCCAGGUUCCUUCUGACCAGCUCUUCCCCGCAGUGCCCUGCAGCGCGAGGGAGGCAGGGAUGGCUCCUCAGGGCUGAGGUCUCAUUGCUGAGACCUGCUGUCCCAGGGAAAGCUGUGCUCCAAGGGCUCAGUCCUUCAUCCUAAUCACUGAGGGGCUGCAGGGCUGGGAUGUGCAAGGGACAAAGGAUCAGAGCUUGGGUUUAGGGUACCUUCUGUUGGAAGGGAGCCGGAAAGAUGGAGAAUGGAUGUCUUGUUCUUGUAGCCAGUGUAAUUAAAUAAAGGAAAAAGAUACUGCAUGCAACAUUUCUUACUUAAAUUUUGGGUUAUUGCUGUAAUAAUAUACAUCAGCCCAGUCUACUUAAUGAAUGAAGUGUAUUUCUUAGGCUUUAUCCUACAGGAAGAAAGACCAAAAAAGUAGAAGUAAUAAGAAAAUCCUUGCUUUAGACUAAAGCAAGCACGGACUCAACAACAAAGAAAGAUUUUGUUUAUAUGCAAACUGUUUAAAUAUUUGAUACCAGUAUGAAGGCAGUCAUAUUCUUGUGUAUCCAGAGAUUUGCACUCAUCUAGGUUAUGUUAAUUAAAAAUAUUUUGGUGGUAUGUAUUUGUAUCUGAGGGGCCAAGUCUUUAAUUUUAUAUUAUUUACAAGAAUUAGUGUGGCAAUUACAUUUUUCCAUUUACUGAGCUACCUGCCCAUGCUAGUUGUUCAUUUGCAUAAGGAAUAUUUCCACUACUUCAGAGCGUUUUGGAUGGUUAUUUUCAAAGGGAAGCUGCCCCAGAGGGUUCCAAGGAUUGUCUAGUGUGAGUGGGAGGCUCUCUGGAGCAGCAGGUCACCCUUACCAGAACAUGGCCUGGCAUUGCAACAAACACACAUGGAUUCAUUUCCCUGCAAUCUGCAACUGCCCAGUGGGCCUGGGGUAGCUCCAGCUGCAGUCCCUCAAAUCAAAGCUCUGACUGACUCUGUCAGUCCUUUGCUGUCACUUACUAUCACAAAGUUAACUUUUUACAACGAGGAAGAGCUUCCAACUCUGGCACUGAUGGAAAUACUGAAUACUUUUAAUAUAUAUAUAUAUAUUUGGAAAGUAUUUGAAUAGUGUUUUGUCUUUUUUUAUACAACUUUUAGCCAAAUAGAAAAAUUCUGAUUAUUACUUCUGUGGAUACCUGUCCAGCUGUAAAUAAACUCAUAUAUUCAGGCACAUGAACCUGAAGAAAAAAAUAAUAAGGACUGUUCAGGGGCUAUGCGCUUUGCUAGCUCCUGGUUCCUUUGUACAUAAGAGGUAACUGUUUAAAUGUUGGGUGGGGUUUUUUUAAUUUACUUGUCGUUCCUCUAAAGAAAGAAGAAGAAAAAAAAAACUUUUGACUUUUUUUUCUCUUUUCUGAGUUAAUACAAAGAUUUUCUAACUUUUUACUGCAGAAAUGGAUAAAUACCUGGUGCUAAGUGAAUGUGAGUCAAACUGGCCAUAGCAGAUACACCAGUUAGAAUGCACUUUUCCUGUGGCACACAAUGUAUUUUCUCAGAAGGGACCUUCAAAGGACUGUCAGAUGUUUACAUUUCUUCUUGUUGCCCCAAAUAGUUUUGAAUAUUCAAAUAACUUCCAAAAAUAAAGUCAUAGUCCAUUACUGAUGCGACGAAUCCGUACAUUUAAGUAUCUACAACAGCUUUGUACAAAUACCAUUUUAGAGAUAGUUGAAAUAUUGGGCUUUCAUACUUUGUAAUGCUUUGAUGUGACAAUAAAUAUGCUGUUGCUAUCUAGUCUAACCUCAUUGUAGACCUGUAACUCCCUGUUUCUGGUUAUGUCAUGAAUUGCACUGGCUUGAAUUCAGCCAAAUACUGACUGUUCAGCUGAAAUACUCAGACUGUUAUGAUGUCCACAAAACAUUAAUUAAAUGCACUUGUAUCUGA